GAACAGUGCAGACCAGCAGUUGCGCAAUCUGUGAUCAGCCGGGCCAAUUUGAAAUUGAGACCUUGAAAAUUUAAUCAGUGCAAAAAAGAGUUAAGAAUGCAGUCCUCCAGUUUAAUCGUUGGUGUCGUGCUCCUGGCUGCCGUCGUGAGUGCAGAAUUCGGUUACUACAUCCCGAAGGCCUUCUACAAAAUCGACGAGAAUGGUUACAAAUCCCCACUGACCUACAUCGACAAUCUGCCGCCACUCUUUCAUCGCACAAGGAGAUCCGCACAGCUGGGUGGAGUAAACUUUGGCUUCCCGAUCCAGUUCCCGGCAUUCCCACAGAUCCCCGCUGGCGCUGGCACCGGUAGCUUCCAGGGAGUGCAGACCACCAUCACCAGCAAUGGCGGCGGUAGCAACGGCAACCUGGACAGCCGUUUCGACGAGGGUGGCCAAACGGUUCACACUACAUUCACCUCAUUCAACAACAACAACGGUCACUUCUCCCAGACGACGCACUUCUUCGAUAAGGACGGCAAGGUGACGACCCACAAGCACGAAUCCGGUCCCGGAAGCCAAUCGAACAGCCACCCGCAGUCCGAUUCACCGGCUUCGCCUUCAUCAGCUUCGUCGCCAUCAGCCGCGUCGCCUUCCUCCUCGCCCUCUUCUUCUUCUUCGCCGAACCAGAAGAAGAAUUAGGUCUGAUCCAAUUCAGCGACAAUCAACCCCAAAAGCCUUCACAAUUUGCAUAGUCAUUAUGAGGAUGAAGACGGGAGAGCCGAAAAGUGAAUCGACAGAUAAAAAAUUGUAAAAAUAUGUCAAAAGCUAGAUAGGAGGAGAUCGCCAUUAGGAGAUCGUUUUUUUUUUAUUUGUAAGUUCUGCUCGCCGCACGCCGGAAACGAGAAACAUCCCAGUAAUUAAUUCGUUCCGGCAGACGAGCAAAUCCAACAAAUUCACCGCCGCCGACUCGCGAUCGCUUCUUCUAGUGUUGGAAGCGAUAAAAAAACCUAGAUAUGAUCAUGAUCAUUUGAUCAUCAGCGCGCAAUCUGAUCAAAGUCUUCCUGCGAAGACCGCAAACACCGGGAAGGUUGAACUGUUACUCCGAUGUUGAAACUUUUUCGCUUAGCCAUGGUGUACGUGUGACGAAACCAGUUAUCUUUUACGACUAAAUUAGUAUUUCCAAACUUAUCAAAUUACUUAAACAGAAUAAUCCGUCUUAUUUUGUACAAUGAAUACGUAAAAAAGCAAAAUACUCGCAGCAAACUCAGAAAUUAGUGUCUUAUGCGAUGAAACUCAUCGAUCAAACGAUUUCAUCUGUAGUUUUGUACGACUAUAAUGCGAUUUCAGGUUGCCUGGAUCAAGUUUCAACCAUCGGACAGAGAAUAAUCUUCUCAAAAACCAGUGAUCUUCGCAUACGCCGGGAUAUUGAAUCAACAGAGCAGAAGAAAAAAAAAAUUUGGAACGCACAGGAAACGGCAGUGUGAAAUUAUACGAGCAAAUUAGCGCGCGCGAUACGCGAAGAAAGCAAAAAUCGAAAUUAAUCUCUCUUUUUCGUGUCACACACAUUUGACCGCUGAGCGGUGCCGCGUGGUCAAUCGCUGCCACGCCUCUGCACGUAUUACGGCGGGCGAGCAAUCGCGAAAGCAGAUACAAAUAUACCUAGGUACAUAUCCAACUGAUACAGCAGUGUAGAAAUCCAAGCGGAACGAAUCAAAGAGCUUCUCCCCGGUCGGUCAGACGGAGUCGUCGCGUCGGAUCGAGGAGGAUCAAAACGGCUUCGCGGUCGAUCGGACGGACUAUAGUAGUGUGACGCGCGGAGAAUGCAAACUUCCGAAGCUUCCCCCCAAAACUAAUUUAUUGUGUGUGUACUGAUUCGUAAUUUAAAAUGCCAAUUUAAGUUAAUGCCCUAGAGUUUAGGAUGAUAGCAAGAUACAAGAAAAAAAAAUCAUAAGAAAAAACCAAGAUGCAAAUGAAUAAAGUAGUUUUACGAUGAUAAGCAAUAAGAAAAA